CUUCUCCCUCUGUCCCCUCCUCAGUUGAAUUUGUGAAGGCCGCAGAUAUCAAAGUCAUCGCCGCCUUGGGGGAUUCUCUGACAACGGCUAUCGGCGCCAACGCCACUACUGUCCUCGGCAUUCCCAUUGAGUUUCGUCACGUGUCAUGGAGCAUUGGAGGCUAUGGGACAUAUCAAGAUGUCAUUACUUUGGCAAAUAUCAUCAAGCUGUUUAACCCCAGUCUGCUUGGAGCUUCUCCUGGAAAGACAGUUCAUGGGAUGCAGGCUCAUAUCAGUGAAACGGGCUUCAACUUGGCCGUAACUGGACACAACACCUUCAAUCUCCCCGGUCAGACGAGACAUUUGAUAGACACACUGAGAGGUUACGAGGGUCUCAACUUUGAAGAGGACUGGAAGCUUUUGACUAUUCUCAUGGGCAUGAAUGACAUCUGUGAUUACUGCAAAGAUAAAGCUCUUUUUUCAGUAGAUAACUUCAUCCACUAUAUGACUGUCUCGUUGGAAAUGCUUAUGAAUGAGGUUCCCCGUAUGAUUGUGAACGUGGUUCAGAUCCUCCCCAUGCAGACUUUGAGGGAGGUGCAGAAGCCCACCCCAGGGUGUUUGCUCCAGCGGUCUUUCUGCUCGUGCCUGAUAGAGCCAGUAGCCAGAUCUCCUGAACUCCGGGAGCUGGUGGAGGUCAAUCUGGAAUUCCAGAAAAGACUCGAGAAGCUGCUGUACAGCGACCGCUUCUUCAGGGACGACUUCGCCGUUGUUCUCCAGCCCUUUUUGAAGAACGCGGACCCGCCCCGCCUCCCGAACGGGAAGAUCGAUAUGACUUUCUUCACUCACGACUGCUUCCACUUUACCAUAAAGGGACAUGAGGAGCUGGCCAAGGGACUGUGGAACAACAUGUUUCAGCCCGAGGGAGAAAAGACGAUUGUGAGCAGCUUCUCUGACCCCAUCACUCUCAUCUGUCCGCCUAUGGAACACCCAUAUAUCUUCACUCGACCGAUCGCAGCCAAGUCAGACCAACCUACCCUCCAGACUGACGCUCCAUCACCAGCAGUCAUCUUCCUGCUGCUCCUCCUGGCACAGUUUGGAGUUAUGUAGCUUUUAAUUCCUUUUCCCGACGCAAAACACACAGAGGGCGAAAGGAGUUUUUUAGCCAUUCACCAGCAUGGAGGAAAUGACUGCAAACUGACAGAUUUGACAACAAACAAUCAUUGCAAUCAUGCAGCCGAAAUAUCUGAAUCUCAGAGGAUGUUGGAGAUGGACGAGAUGAGGAUAGGGGAGCUUCAGAUGGUUGGGGGUUGUCUCUAUAAUAUUGCAAGAUUUUUACUAAAUAAAGUGCCUGGAGAUGACUGGUGUUGUGAACUGUUCUUCAAAGUGAACUGAACUGAGAAAUGUGAC